UAAAUGAGGAACGUUUCGUACGGACUCGUGCUCCAUGCCAGCUAAAGCCGGAGUGGUCGUCCCAGAGUUGCGACACAGAGCCGGGGCUUUUCUCUCAAGCCCAAAGCUGACCUCCGCCUGCCAGUCUGGGGCUGACCACGAAUAAAUCUCCAUUCACGUCGAAGGCUGGACAGAAAAUGCCUCGGGGACACAAGCCGGUCCUCAUCUGGGUCCUGGUGUUCUUCACGUCGCUGGUGCUGGGUACCGAGGACGGGCCGACGGGCGGCGGGUGCCCCGACCUCAACAACACCACCUGGCUGGAGUACCGGCAGCAGAGAGUCAAGCUGCAGGUUCAGUACCUGCUGCUGACGCGGGGAAACGUGGACUGUGCACAGGCGUUCACCCACGAGUCUCUCAGGGACGCGCAGCAGCCGUCCUACUUCAACGCCUCGCGGCCGACCAAGGUCAUCGUCCACGGGUACAGGACGAUUGGCAGUAAGCCGUCCUGGGUGAAGCAGCUGGCCCGCGCCCUGCUGGGGGCGGAGGAUGUGAACGUGGUGGUGGUGGACUGGGUCUACGGCGCCUCCUUCGCCUACAACCUGGCGGUGGAGAACUACAAGGAGGUGGCUCUGCAGAUCUCGGUGCUCAUCAAUCAGCUGCACAAACAUGGAUGCAAACUGGAGUCCUUCCACUUCAUCGGAGUCAGUCUCGGGGCGCACGUCGCCGGCUUCGUGGGGACUCUGUUUCAGGGGAAGAUAGGACGGAUCACAGGUCUGGACCCGGCUGGACCGAUGUUCAAAGGAGCCGACACCUACGACCGGCUGGACUCCUCCGACGCCCAGUUUGUGGACGCUAUCCACACCGACUCCGACUACUUUGGUAUCUCCAUCCCAGUGGGUCAUGUGGACUUCUUUCUGAACGGAGGGAAAGACCAGACUGGUUGUGCUCGCUCCAGGUUCGCCUCCAUGUACGGUUAUGUGAUAUGCGACCACAUGAGGGCGCUGCACGUCUACAUGAGCGCGCUGAACGGCUCGUGCCCGUUGAUGGGGAUCCCGUGCUCCAGUUAUGAAGACUUCCUGAAGGGCCUCUGUUUGGACUGCGACGUCUUCAGGGGGACGUGCCCCACUAUAGGUUUAUCUCCAAACAGCGGCAUCACCGUGUCUCCGGUUCCCAAAGAGCAGAAGCUCUUCCUCCUCACGACUUCUUCACCUCCGUUCUGCUUGCGUCACAUCCUGCUGCAGGUGGAGGUUUCUCCUCUGGACAAGAGCGCCGAGGUGGAGGUGACGCUGACGACGGAGAACCUGGGAACCGAGCAGCGGCUCCGGCUUCACACAGGUACGACGGUGUACCGGACCGUGUUGUCCCACCCGGUCGCUCUGUGUGAGAUCGACUCCAUCGAGCUGAAGAACACCGGAGCUCGAUUCUACAGACAAGCAGACGUCCACCUCAAGUCCGUCUGCCUUUCAGAGUUUCCAUCUCUCAGGAGGGAGGAGCCGCUGUGCGUCAACAACAUCAACGUCAGGCGAGGAGCUCCGUGGUCACAUGACUUUGUCCAGGUGUGUGCCUUCUGAAGACCUGAGACCUCCU